CCCCGCCCGGGCGGUGCCGGCGCUCAGAGGCCGCCCCGCGGCGGAGCAGCGCGGGCAGCGGUCGGAGGCGGCAGCGGCAUGUCCUGAGCGGAGCGGCGGCGGCGCGCAGCCCCCGCCACCACGGAGGGGUCGGUGGAGCAGCGGGCCAAGGGCCGGGCCCCCAUGAAGGAGAAGGAGGCCGGGGCGGAGCGGGGCAAGCCCGCCACUUACACCGGGGACAAGAAGGCUCGCAUGGCGGCCAAGACCAACAAGAAGUGGGUGCGCCUGGCCACCGUGCUGGCCUACGUGCUCUCCGUCUCGCUGGCCGCCAUCGUCCUCGCCGUCUACUACAGCCUCAUCUGGCAGCCGGUGCGCGGAGGCGGCGGUUCCUCUGCUUCUCCUCCCUCGUCCCGGCCCCGCCGCCAACUCCCCGCGUUGCCCGGCCCCGCCGCCAACUCCUCCUCGCAGCCCCGCAGCGCUCCGCCGCCGCGUUCCGCCGCUUCGCCGCCCCCCGGCCCCACGCCGCCGCAGCCGCCGCCGCCGAGGGGGGGCCCGGCCGGGACGGGCGGCCCGGAGCCUCCAGCGCCGCGCGGGGCCGGGGAGGGCCGCAGUGCGCCGUGAGGCCGGGCAGGAGGGCAGCGCUGGACACUGAGCGGAGGAUCGGCGCUGUGUGACGGCGGGCCUCCCCCUCUUGUCGCCGUGGGUUCCCGUGGCUUCGUUCUUUUUCCAGCUUCGCCCUUCGAACCGCGCCGGACUGUACCCGUCUUGAGGAGCUCGGUGUGCUGAGCCCGCGCAGCGCUGUUGGCAGGAGCGGCUGGGAGCGGUGCCGAUCCGUAGGCUGUAACCCGUUGUUUUAAGUACCGAGUUUUGUUUAGCCAUGAGCGUAAACUUAUUUAAACCAUGUGAAGAGGUGAGGCCGUGUGCGCCCGUCUCCUGCUGUCGGUGCUGAGCUCUGAGCACAUGGCAUGGCCCAUGGUUUCAGUCGUGCAGCAUAACGGUGAGGCUGUACGGUGUCGCUGCGAAGUGACACCUGGAGCUGACAUUGCCGGGGAGGGAAAAGGUGCUCUGCUGUCGUGUGCAAAUCACGGCGGUACUGUCAAAUCUAUGGUGUUUUUUUCUAAAGUUGAGGUGGUGGGUAAAUAGCUGUUUCGUACUGAAAUCGGCGUGCUUUUGAGCAAAGGCCUGCUUUGGCUGGAUGCUUCUGCUUGAGCACGUGUGAAAAGCAGAGAACCACGCACAGAGGGUUUCCAGAAGGAUGUGGGCAAAAGACAGAGUGGUUUGGAUGUGAUCUCCCACCCUUUUCUGAUUUGCUUCCGCAGCAGAGGCGGCUUUAUGUUGCUACUGUGCUAGAGAAGAAGGCAAGCUGGUGGGAAGGGAAAAGAUCGUGCUUAGUCAUCUCAAACAAAAAUGUGCCCAUAAAAUUGCCAUCUUUCUGCAGGCCAGGUGGGAGAAAGCAAGAAGAGGCGAAGGAGCAGAAAGCCUGAAGCUGCUGCUGGACUGGGAGGCUGCACUGUUACCUCCAGGGCUGCGUCUGAGCUCUUCUCCUUUAUCUGCUGUAGUGACUGAUGGCAUCCUGGCAGCAGCGCGCUGCUCUGCAGCUUUGUCCAGGCUGGGCUUAGCCCUGUGUGCAGUGGGUGACUUUGUUCCCUUGUGCCUGCAGCACAUCCCUACCUGUUUGUAGGGCUGCUGUGUGCGUGCAGGGGCUCUGGGUGCUGGCGAUGCUGCUGCUCUGUGCUGUUGCUGGUACGUACAUCUGGUUGUAGAGGGAAAGGCUCCCGAAGAGAGGAAUGGGCAAAGCAAAAACAAAGCAUGCUCUUUUUUUUUUUUUUUUUUUCUUUUUUUCCUUGCUGCCAAUUGAAUCUGUUUUUUGGCUCUGGUCCUUAAUGCAGAAGCAGUUGGGAAGUGUCUCUGGAACGGAGCUCGUGUUUAAUUUUUAAAACCAUCUUUAAAGAUAAAUAAAAGCUGGGCAGAAUGAUACAGAGGCUGGGAUUGCUCUGGUACUGGCCUGCAGCUCGGAGCUGGCAGGUCUGCUGGCUUGGAACAGUACAUCCCAAGCGCGCUGGAUGUACAUGGACUCCUGGCAUUUUUUCACUUUAAAUACAAUUGCUCUCAGAAGACUAAUAGGGCAUGGCCGUCUAGAGCAGAUGGAAGAGGAAGGGAAUUGAAUUAAAUGGGCUGCAUGGCCCUCUUCCAGCCAGCCACGUAACAGAGGAGAGAUGCCUUGCGUUCAGGAGCCGUAACAACUUCAAGCUUCUCACCUGUGCGUGGUGUUGGUGGCAAAGGAUUUUCAGGACAACGGUGCGUGCGUGUGUUAACUUUAAAUAAUAAAAGGUACUAGGGAUUUUGGGGAAGGCAGUUUGGCUUCGGUUUGUGAGCAGUUGUGUUGUAUCAGCCUUUCCCUUCUUGCUCCUAUUGGAGGAGGAUCACUUAUGUAGGUAUGGAACUGUUACUCUAGCCAGCGUGAUGGUAUCAGGUGAGAGAAGGCACAGGCUUUUGUGGUGUUUCCUAGGUAGGAAUCACUAACACCACAAUUUGUGAUGCUGUAUCCUUGGAACUGCUGGUGAGAUCAAUCCCUUGACACAGAACUGUCUGCUUCCAGUGCGUGCAGCGAGCUGUCUGAAACUUUGGAUGGAGAUAAACACGAAUGAAAUGCUGAAUCUGCAGCUGUUUGCCUGAGCAAUCUGAGGAUGUUAACAAGAGUGUCACAUCUUCUGGCUAUGGGAUGCUCAUGUGAAAACACAAUGGCUCUAAGACCGUGUCUGGAAUAGUGCUAUCUGUGCUCUUAAUUUUUUUUUUUCUCAUUUGAGCUUUUUAUUGAUUCAAUAUACUAAUGGUUCUAGAAUGCCA